AUGAAGGUCGCCGUCACCGGCGCGGGCGGACGCACCGGCUCCAUCGUCAUGAAGCUCCUCGCCUCGGACGCGAGCGGCGCGUUCGCGCCUCCUCGCGGGCUCGUGCGAUCGACCAAGUCGGGCGACAAGGUGCGCAACCUGUGCGACGGCGGCGACGCGAACCUGUGCGACGUCGUCGAGGGCGACAUCUCGUCCGCUGACGCGCUGAGGACGCUGUGCGACGGCGUCGACGCGCUCGUGAUCCUCACCAGCGCGGUGCCCAAGCCCAAGAUCGGUAGCAUGAUCGCCGCGCUCGUGUCCAAGAUUUUGCCGUGGGCGGAGAACAAACGUCCGGACUUUUACUUCCCGGAGGGCGGAUCCCCGAGAGAGGUGGACUACGAGUGGCAGGUCGCGCAGAUCGACGCGGCGAAGCGCGCGGGUGUGAAGAAGGUGGUCCUCGUCUCGAGCAUGGGCGUGACGCAGAUCGAUAACUUCCUGAACACGAUGGGCGGCGGCGGCGACGUCGGCGACGCCAACAUCCUCCUCUGGAAGCGAAAAGCCGAGAUGGCUCUGGUCGCGUCGGGGCUGGAUUACUCCAUCGUGCAUCCCGGGGGUCUCCUGAAUAAGGAAGGGGGGAAGCGCGAGCUGCUGGUGGGCGUGAACGACGAGCUCCUCGCUGGCGACCGGAGGUCCGUGCCCAGGGCGGACGUCGCGCGGUGCGUCGUCGCGUGCCUGACGUCGCCGAGCGCGAAAAAUCUCUCCUUCGACCUGGCGUCUCGCGAGGAGGGCGAGGGCGGCGGCGCGACGACGGACGUCGACGCGCUUCUCGAGGCCGCGAGCGGGAUGACGUACGAUUACUCGCUCCCGAUGAACAGCCCCGUGCCGCUGCCGUGA